AUGUCCAUCAAGCCUGUCGAUGAUGAGCGUGGUUCCGACUACCAGGAGAAGGGUUCCAAGAGUACCUACUCCAAGGAUAGAGAUACCAUUGUGCACGAGGAGUUGUUUGGGGAUACCUUCGAGGGCAGAAGUGCUCCAAUAAGGGUUCUCAAACCUAAUUCAAGUAUUGAUUCUAAUGAUAAAGCUAAAAAAGAUAAAAAAGAGUUUGACACGGCUGAGCAGGUGGCCUUGAGGUUAAAGCCUUCGUAUAGGUUUAGAGGUGGAGAGGAUAAAAGGUCGGGUUCUGCUUGGUUGGAAGAGAUGGAAGACAAAACUGAGGGUCAUCCCUAUGUGGUUAAGUACCUAUGGUUGAAACAUCAUACGGAACCGCACUCCUGGGGUAGGGUGACAAGAGGGGAGUAUGCCCCGAGGAAUUGUCAGAGCGAGUAUGGAUAUUAUCUGCGAAGAGUGAAGAAGGCCUUUCGCAAGUAUUAUGAUACCAAUGAACACCUUCAGAAGGUGCAGAAGAGAUUGGAAAAUUGUGUCCAAGGGAAGGAUACAGUGGACCAAUUCGUUAAGCAGUUGGACACUUUAUCUACGGAGCUUUAUUUUUUGGGUGCUGCUCCUUUGGAGUAUAGCCUGAAAUGGAGGCUCUAUGUAGGGUUAAAUAGUGAUAGACUGAGGGAUAAGGUGGAAGAUUAUUUGGAAGAUAUUGGUAUUUCUUAUGAGAAGUUUAAGCGGAAGGUGGUUGCUAAGGCUGCCAAGGUUAAGCAGAUAUCUAAGGUGACUCAAUUUGAGGGUUCCAGACCUAGCUAUGGGGCUAGGGAUGGUCGCUCUGAUUCAAGAGAGAGAUAUGGCUCCAGAGAGAGGUAUUCAGGCAGCAGGUUCCGCAACCCGUCAGUCCACUCAGUGGGUACUGAGGGAACGGAGUCAGAAGCCGAGUUUGAUUCGAAGAUGUUAAUGGCUAUGGGUAGAGAUGCAGCACAAAUUAAAUGUUCCCGGUGUUUGAAGAUGGGUCAUUCCGCGCGCAAUUGCAAAGCGGAGCAGCCCGCUGAGCUGGAAUCUAGGUGUUUACGAUGUGGGAGUGUGAACCAUAAAUUGGACGAUUGUCGGGUUAACCUAGAGAGAGCGAAGUGUGCGGAAGUCUCUCUGGUCACAGAGUCUAUGUUGAAGGAGGUUGCUCCGGAGAAGAAGUUGGAUACUUCCAAUAUUCCCAAGGUCAAUGUGGCGGAUGGUGCUACGCUCACGAUACAUGGUAGCGUCAAGCUGAAGGUUACCGCCUUUGAGAAAGCUUUGGGUGUUUACGUUAACAAGGGUUUCUGCGGCAUUGUCAAGAAUAAUCUGGAGGGUAAUUGCAUGAGGUCCCCAACUGCUACGGAGUGUCAGAGGACUUGGGAUCUAUUAGCCAAGGAUGGUGACGUCUUUGGUGGAUACCCCUUAUUGUUCCUAUACAUGUAUAGGCCCUUACACGGUCCUGUGGCUGAGGGUUUCCUUUGGGUGAUACAGUUCGAGAAGUUCGUUGAUGAUCUGUAUUUCGGUGGAAAUACCGAUCGUGAGGCUCGAGCUGCUAGGGAAUUCGUCUCCUACGUAUUCCGUGGUCAUGGGUUGUGUACCGAUCCGUUAAAAGAUCUAGAGACGGCUCAUGGUGGACGGAAGAGAAGAGUGAUCACUGAGGUCGACGAGUUGCACUGCGUGUGUUCCGGUACUCCGCCGGAUGGUAAGGUUGACAACAGGCGAGCAUGCGGUAUUCUAUCUUCUUUGUACGAUCCUAUGGGGUUGUUACUGGAGGUCGUCAAGGACUGGUCCGAAGUGUUGAAGGAUAAGGAGUUGUUAGAAAGGUUACGGAGGUGGUUGUUUGAUGCUCAAAGGCAAUGUGCUGGUUUGGGUACACAGCGGUUUGUAGACCUCCAUAACGAGUCCUUGAUGCUGAGUACGGAUGCGUCUAGCGAUGCAUGGGGUGUGGAUGUCAAGUUACGUGGUCUAUCCCGCGUAAAGAGCUGGUCGCUUUGCAUCAUGGUCUGA